CCUGCUUUGCAGAGAUCCUUAUUUCAUUCUUAUUUUUAUUUGUUUUUACAAUUUAAGCUUUGUUUCUUUUUUUGAUGCACUGAAUAUAUAUGCCUAUCAUGCUCUCAUGAUUUGCUGGUCAAUGACCGAAUAAACUUAUAAAUCUCUUAUGCUCUCAUGAGGCUACAUGACCAAGAGGUUGUUUAUUGAGAGCAGGGUAAUAGACAAUCUUGGUGGCAAGAAAGAACUUACUAAAUUCCACGGUGACAUAACUGAUAUAAACAGCACCAAACAAAUCACCUCCCUGGACUUGGAAGGGGCAUCUGGAGGAUCUGGCAGCCAGCUACCUUCUGACACUGUUUAUAGCAUAUAUUGGUCGACCCAGUCCCUUCCUGCAUCUGCUGUGGGAAUUAAAGCGAGCAGCUUCAAGUCAGAAAGAAACAACCCACACUGCAAAGAUGCAUCUGAAUUCUCUUCCUUUGUUCAUUUUCUUGAUCAGUGGCAUCUUCUGUCAAUAUGAUUAUGAUCCUGGAUAUUAUCCUCCUGAAGAUUAUGGUUAUGCUCAUUCAAUGUCUGAGUUAUCUACAGCAAUCUGUGCACCAGAAUGUACUUGUCCUAUAAGCUAUCCAUCAGCCAUGUAUUGUGACUAUCUUAAACUGAAGAGUCUACCCAUUGUUCCUACUGGAAUUAAAUACCUAUAUCUCAGAAAUAAUAUGAUCGAAGGCAUUGAAGAAAAUGCUUUUGAUAAUGUAACAGACCUGGAGUGGCUUAUUCUAGAUCAUAACCAUCUGGAAAAUUCAAAAAUUAAAGGCAAAGUCUUUGCCAAAUUAAAGAAUUUGAAAAAGCUGCAUAUAAAUUACAACAACUUAACUGAAGCUGUUGGGCCUCUUCCUAAUACUUUGGAUGACCUGCAACUCACUAAUAACAAGAUUACAAAAAUCAACCCCAAUACACUAGAAGGACUAGUGAAUCUGACUGUCAUUCACCUACAGCACAACCAGCUCACAGAAGAUACACUUUCUGGGGCUUUUAAAGGCUUAAAUUCACUUUUGUACCUUGACUUGAGCUUCAAUAAACUUUCCAAGCUACCUUUGGGACUGCCUCCUAACAUACUGAUGCUGUAUUUUGACAAUAAUCAGAUUACCAAUGUUCCUGAUGAGUACUUCCAGGGCUUCAAAGCACUGCAAUAUUUACGUCUAUCUCAUAAUAAGUUGACAGAUUCUGGAAUACCAGGCAAUGCUUUCAACAUUUCUACCCUUGUUGAGCUGGAUCUCUCCUAUAAUCAGCUGAAGAGCAUCCCAACAGUAAAUGAGCAUCUCGAAAACUACUACCUCCAAGUCAACCAGAUUAACAAAUUUCCAGUGAGCAGCUUUUGUAAGGUUGUUGGAGCACUAAUCUACUCCAGGGUCAGACACCUGCGUUUGGAUGCAAAUAAUCUCACGAGAGCUGAUCUGCCUAAUGAAAUGUACAACUGUCUCCGUAUGGCUUCUGAAAUCUCCUUGGAGUGAGUUGUGCCUCCCUCAUUCAGAGGUCAUCUCUAUUUUCCUGUUUUACACCACAGUAACACUUCAAAAUAAAAUGUCACCUUGCCUAUCUAUUGUGUUUGUUAAUAAUCAGCAUAAUUUUGGCCACCUUUUAAAAAGUGUGUGUAUUCUACUAAGUCUGUGAUGCUAAAGUUUUGUAAAACUAUGAAGUCCCAUAGAUUGUGGACAAAGUUGUUCUCAUGUUUAUUUCUUAACUGAUUCAGGUAAGGCAAUAAAGCACAGCCUGCAUUUUUAAAAGUUUUAAAAAAGCACUGGUGUACACUCAUAAUAAACAUACAUCACACUCCCUGUGGGUGUGCAGUCCUACUCAGGUUUGCAGAAGUCAGGCAUAUUCUAAUCUUGAUGGAGUAUUUCGUACGUUGGGGCUGGACCAUAUAUGUACAUUAUUUCCACAUCUUCAAAUCAAAUUUCUGUCCUAUCUUAGAUUUGCAGUUAUAAUACACAGAAGAGCCAUAAUCCAUUAUCACUAUAUUAACUGAUAACAUUACAUUUGUAGGAAAAUAUAUUUUAAGAACCCAGUUAAGUGUUAUUCAUGUUAAUGAGUAGGAAAACAGUAAGAGUUUCCAGGUUUUUAUUUGUCAAUGCCUUCUAUGUUCAUUCAAACAAAUGUUGUGGUGUGUGUUUUUAAAGGCUUAAAACAAAAAUGUUAUUUUACAAUGAAGCAUGUACACACCAUUAUUCCUUUUCAGUUAUUUGCAUGCUAUAUUUAACAUAUUUGUAGAAAAUAAAACAUAGCAAUUAAAAAUAUUGGGUGCACAUUAUUGUCAAAAUACAUUUACAUUUGGAGUUUUUUUUAAUGAGUGCAGAUAAAAUCAAACAAAAAGAAGCCUAUUUUAUAUUUUGCUGAAUUAUUGUAAGGUUGCAAGUCCAUUCAAUAAAUUGUUUUCUGUA